AUGGCUGCGAGAUCCUCAAUAGCAAUCAUUGGUGCUGGAUCUGUUGGUUCAGCAAUCGCCUACAGCCUUCUCCUUCGACAAGUCGUUGCAGAUAUCAUCCUGGUUGACAUUGAUCAAAAUUUAUGUCAAGCUCAAGUCCAAGAUCUUUCCGACGCGACCUUCUUAUCCAAUGUCCGAAUUAGACAAGGAGGCGUUGCAGAGGCUCAGAAGGCUGACAUUAUUAUCAUCACCGCUGGAGCCAAACAACGACCUGGUGAUACACGACUUGAUUUGAUCGACAGGAAUUUCAAGGUCUUGAAGUCCAUCCUCCAUUCUCUUCAACCCAUUCGCAGCGAUGCCAUCUUACUCAUUGUUGCGAACCCUGUCGAUGUUCUUACUCUGUUUGCACAAAGACUUUCCGGAUUGCCGAAGAGUCAAGUAUUUGGAUCAGGUACUUUAUUGGAUUCGACCAGGCUUACCAACAUCCUUGCUGGCAAAUUGAAGGUUGCUGAUUACUCGAUUCAUUCUUUCGUGAUCGGAGAACAUGGUGAUUCUCAAUGCGUCGCUUGGUCUGCUGCUACGGUUCACGGAACACCUCUGCUCAAGAUCAUCCCUUUAACAGAAGCCGAACGUGAAGAGAUUGCGACCACAACUCGCCAAAAGGCCGAGAACAUCAUCAAAGUGAAGGGAUUUACUUCGUAUGGAGUUGCAGCUGUCACGUCUCGCAUUUGCGAAGCAAUCAUCUUUGAUCAUCGAUCAGUUAUGCCGCUUAGCCAUUGGCAAGAAAACCUUGACUGUUGUUUGAGUCUACCGGCUGUCCUGGGUAGAGAUGGAAUUAUUUCGACCUUCCCUCUUCAUUUAGAUGAGAAAGAGCAGACUUUUCUGGCUGAUUCGGCCAAUGGUCUGAGGAAAGUCAUUGCUGAUUACAAGGAAGAGUUGUGA